UCCAGUGUCAUCUAACUGAAAGUAUCUUACAACAAAAUUAAUUUGAGGUUAGACCAAAAACAAAUAGAGUGACUGUUUGAGAGUGACAUACCCCUGGCUGCGGGCGUACGUUGUUCGUCAUAUUUCUCCGAAAUAUAGUUAAUUAUACGCCCCUUAUUUUUUCUUCAUGUAGAGUUUUAAAUUUUUUAGUUCGCGAUUUCGAAGGGUCGCUUAUUGUUCAGUUGGGCUAGUUUAGGACGGGUUAACUCGCAACCAUGGCGCAAGUAUUGCCAAUACGUUUUCAGGAGCACUUACAGCUCACAAAUGUUGGUAUCAAUCCAGCUUCAAUAUCGUUCAACACUCUUACUAUGGAGUCGGACAAGUUCAUCUGCGUGCGAGAGAAGGUUGGCGACACUGCUGAAGUGGUGAUAAUUGAUAUGGCCGACCCCACUAACCCUAUUCGCAGGCCGAUCAGCGCGGACUCGGCCAUCAUGAACCCUGCCAGCAAAGUCAUCGCGCUGAAGGGCAAAGCGGGGGUUGAAGCCCAAAAGACCCUGCAGAUAUUCAACAUCGAGAUGAAAUCCAAGAUGAAAGCUCACACCAUGUCCGAGGACAUCGUGUUCUGGAAGUGGAUCUCACUGAACACCCUCGCGUUGGUGACCAAGAUGUCCGUGUACCACUGGUCGAUGGAGGGCGAUUCGACGCCGGUCAAGAUGUUCGACAGGCAUUCAUCGCUGGCUGAUUGUCAGAUCAUCAACUACAGGACCGAUCCGAAACAGCAAUGGUUGUUGCUUGUUGGUAUCUCAGCGCAACAAAACCGCGUGGUUGGCGCGAUGCAGUUGUACUCAGUGGAGCGCAAGUGCUCGCAGCCUAUAGAGGGGCACGCGGCGUCGUUCGCCACGUUCAAGGCGGAGGGCAACGCUGAGCCAUCCACGUUGUUCUGUUUCGCCGUCAGGACGACGCAGGGCGGCAAGCUGCAUAUUAUCGAGGUUGGCCAAACACCAGCUGGCAACCAACCGUUCCCGAAGAAAGCCGUCGACGUUUUCUUCCCGGCGGAGGCGCAGAACGACUUCCCUGUAGCGAUGCAGGUGUCGCCGAAGUAUGACGUCAUAUAUUUGAUCACCAAAUACGGCUACAUACAUAUGUACGACAUAGAGACCGGAACAUGCAUCUACAUGAACCGCAUCUCGUCCGAUACGAUAUUCGUGACAGCGCCGCACGAGGCCACCGGCGGUAUUAUUGGAGUGAACCGCAAAGGUCAAGUCCUCUCCGUGACUGUGGAAGAAGACUCCAUAGUGCCGUACAUCAACACCGUGCUGCAGAACCCUGAGCUGGCGCUGCGACUGGCCGUGCGGAACAACCUCGCCGGCGCCGAGGAGCUGUUCGUGCGCAAGUUCAAUAUGCUGUUCACUAACGGACAGUAUGGAGAAGCGGCUAAGGUGGCUGCCAUGGCCCCGCGCGGCAUCCUGCGCACGCCGCAGACGAUCCAGCGCUUCCAGCAGGUGCCCACGCAGCCCGGACAGACCUCGCCGCUGCUGCAGUACUUCGGCAUUCUACUUGACCAGGCGCAGCUCAACAAGUUUGAGUCGCUCGAGCUCUGCCGGCCCGUCUUACUGCAAGGCCGCAAGCAACUCUUGGAGAAAUGGUUGAAAGAAGAGAAGCUCGAAUGCUCUGAAGAGUUGGGUGACCUGGUGAAACAAGUGGACCCCACGCUAGCGCUGUCUGUAUACCUUCGUGCGAACGUCGCCAGCAAGGUCAUUCAGUGCUUCGCUGAGACUGGACAGUUUCAGAAAAUCGUCUUGUACGCUAAAAAGGUGGGCUACACACCAGACUACAUCUACUUGUUGCGGUCUGUGAUGCGCACCAACCCUGAGCAAGGGGCCGGAUUCGCCGGCAUGCUGGUGGCUGAGGACCCCCCACUCGCAGACAUCAACCAAAUCGUAGACGUGUUCAUGGAACAGAACAUGGUGCAGCAAUGCACUGCGUUCCUACUCGACGCAUUGAAGAACAACCGUCCCGAGGAAGGACCUUUGCAGACUAGGUUGCUGGAGAUGAACCUGAUGUCGGCGCCGCAGGUGGCGGACGCGAUCCUGGGCAACACGAUGUUCACGCACUACGACCGCGCGCACGUGGCGCAGCUGUGCGAGAAGGCGGGCCUGCUGCAGCGCGCGCUCGAGCACUACACCGACCUCUACGACAUCAAGCGCGCCGUCGUUCACACUCACUUACUCCCAGCAGAUUGGCUAGUAUCGUACUUCGGCAGUCUCUCCGUGGAGGACUCCCUCGAAUGUCUGAAAGCCAUGCUUCAAGCGAACAUUCGUCAGAACCUGCAGAUCUGCGUGCAGAUUGCGACCAAAUACCACGAGCAACUAACGACUAAGUCGCUCAUCGAACUGUUCGAGAGCUUCAAGACUUACGAGGGCCUGUUCUACUUCCUUGGCUCGAUUGUGAACUUCAGCCAAGAUCCCGAGGUUCACUUCAAGUACAUUCAGGCGGCAUGCAAGACCGGUCAGAUCAAGGAAGUGGAGCGCAUCUGCCGCGAGUCGAACUGCUACAACGCUGAGCGAGUGAAGAACUUCCUGAAGGAAGCUAAGCUGCCCGACCAGCUGCCGCUGAUCAUCGUGUGCGACCGUUUCGACUUCGUGCACGACCUCGUGCUGUAUCUGUACAGGAACAGCUUGCAGAAGUACAUCGAGAUUUAUGUGCAGAAGGUGAAUCCUUCUCGCUUACCUGUGGUCGUCGGCGGUCUCCUCGACGUGGACUGCGCCGAAGACAUCAUCAAGAACCUGAUCCUGGUGGUUCGUGGACAGUUCUCCACAGACGAACUUGUCGCUGAAGUCGAGAAGAGAAACAGGUUGAAGUUGUUGCUGCCGUGGCUGGAGACACGCGUGCACGAGGGCAGCACCGAGCCCGCCACACACAACGCGCUCGCCAAGAUAUACAUCGACUCCAACAACAACCCCGAACGGUUCCUCAAGGAGAAUCAAUGGUACGACUCGCGCGUGGUGGGGCGCUACUGCGAGAAGCGCGACCCGCACCUGGCGUGCGUCGCGUACGAGCGCGGCCAGUGCGACCGCGAGCUCAUCGCCGUCUGCAACGACAACUCGCUGUUCAAGACGCAGGCGCGCUACCUCGUGCGCCGCCGCGACCAGGACCUCUGGCUCGAAGUGCUCGCCGAGUCCAAUCCCUUCAAGCGACAGCUUAUCGAUCAGGUGGUGCAAACGGCUCUCUCCGAAACGCAAGAUCCCGAAGAUAUUUCGGUGACCGUGAAGGCGUUCAUGACCGCUGACCUGCCGAAUGAACUCAUUGAGUUGUUGGAGAAGAUUGUCCUGGACAACUCAGUGUUCUCUGACCACAGGAAUCUGCAGAAUCUUUUGAUUCUUACAGCCAUCAAAGCGGACCGUUCCCGUGUAAUGGAGUACAUCAACCGACUGGACAACUAUGACGCGCCCGACAUCGCGAACAUUGCGAUCAACAACGAACUCUACGAGGAGGCGUUCGCUAUAUUCAAGAAGUUCGACGUCAACACUUCCGCCAUUCAGGUGUUGAUAGAACAAGUGAAAGAUCUAGAACGUGCUUACGAGUUCGCCGAGCGUUGCAACGAGCCCGGCGUGUGGUCGCAGCUGGCGAAGGCGCAGCUCCAACAGGGUCUGGUGAAGGAGGCCAUCGACUCUUACAUCAAAGCGGACGACCCCUCCGCGUACAUGGACGUGGUCGCCACCGCCACCGCGCAAGAGAGCUGGGAUGAUCUUGUCAGAUAUCUGCAGAUGGCCCGCAAGAAGGCACGCGAGUCGUACAUAGAAUCGGAACUGAUAUACGCAUAUGCGCGUACCGGACGCUUAGCCGAUCUCGAGGAGUUCAUCUCCGGGCCGAACCACGCCGACAUACAGAAGAUCGGCGACCGAUGCUUCGACGACAAGAUGUACAACGCGGCGAAACUGCUUUACAACAAUGUCAGCAACUUCGCGCGGCUCGCGAUCACACUCGUCCACCUCAAGGAAUUCCAAGGUGCCGUGGACAGCGCCCGCAAGGCGAACUCUACGCGCACGUGGAAGGAGGUGUGCUUCGCGUGCGUGGACGCGGGCGAGUUCCGGCUCGCGCAGAUGUGCGGACUGCACAUCGUCGUGCACGCAGACGAGCUUGAGGACCUCAUCAACUACUAUCAGGACCGAGGUCACUUCGACGAGCUGAUCAGCCUGCUGGAGGCGGCGCUGGGGCUGGAGCGCGCGCACAUGGGCAUGUUCACUGAACUCGCCAUACUCUACUCGAAAUACAAGCCAGCGAAGAUGCGCGAACAUCUCGAACUGUUUUGGUCAAGGGUCAACAUUCCUAAGGUCCUCCGUGCAGCAGAACAAGCCCACUUAUGGUCGGAGCUGGUGUUCCUCUACGACAAGUACGAGGAGUACGACAAUGCAGCGCUCACCAUGAUGCAGCACCCGACCGAGGCGUGGCGCGAGGGACACUUCAAGGACAUCAUCACUAAAGUGGCCAACAUGGAGCUGUAUUACAAGGCGAUACAGUUCUAUCUGGACUACAAGCCGCUGUUGUUGAACGACUUGCUUCUGGUGCUAGCGCCGCGCAUGGACCACACGCGCGCGGUCGCUUUCUUCAGCAAGGCGCAGCAUCUGCAGCUGGUGAAGGCGUACCUGCGAUCGGUGCAGAGUCUGAAUAACAAGGCGGUCAACGAGGCGCUCAACUCGCUGCUCAUCGAUGAGGAAGAUUAUCAGGGCUUACGAACGUCGAUAGAUGCGUUCGACAAUUUCGACACAAUUGCGCUGGCGCAACAGUUGGAGAAACACGAACUCACCGAGUUUAGAAGAAUCGCCGCCUACCUUUACAAAGGCAACAACAGAUGGAAGCAGAGCGUGGAGCUGUGCAAGAAGGACGCGCUAUACGCGGACGCGAUGGAGUACGCGGCGGAGUCGCGCCAGUCGGACGUGGCCGAGGAGCUGCUUAACUGGUUCCUCGAGAGGGAUAAUUAUGAGUGCUUCUCGGCGUGUCUUUACCAGUGCUAUGAUCUCCUAAAACCAGAUGUCGUCAUUGAACUCGCUUGGAGACAUAACAUCUUGGACUUCGCCAUGCCUUACCUUAUUCAGACGGUGCGAGAACUGACAACGAAGGUGGAGAAACUAGAGGAGGCCGACGCGAAGCGCAGCACCGAGAGCGCGGAACACGAAGCCAAGCCCGCCAUGAUCAUGGAGCCACAGCUCAUGCUUACCGCCGGUCCAUCUAUGCCGUACGGCGUGCCCGCGCAAGCGUCCCCGUACGGAUACACAGCGCAGGCGCCCUCGCCCGCGCCCUACCACCACGGCUACGGCAUGUAGGGAACUGUCUCCCCACAUGCCUGGGGGACCUUCGCUCACUUCUGAGCGCCGUGCGACACCGCGCCCGCCGACUCGACGCCACCACGCGUCACAAGUUUAACGCGCGAGUCUGCGACACAACACACGAUUACUACUCUACGCACUCUCGACCACUAUUGGUUAUAUUAUAAGUAAAUUUAUAAUAUAGUUUUAGUUCUCCUUAACGAAAUGACGGGUUUAUUUUUCUAACCGCCGUGGCCUAAGGUUCCGACUAGAAUUGUUUCGUCCGUUUGAAAGUAUUACGAGUCGGGGGCGCGUAGGGGCUGACGUAGAGUCGCGUCAGUAGAUCUUCGAUCAUAUGGCAGUAUAUUGUUAGCGUGUACAAAUUAUAUUAAUAUAUUCGAAUGGUAUAUAGCUCUCGUUACAAAGUGCUUUAUUUUUAAAUCUAAUCGAGAGUUGCGUGUAACAAGUUAGAGCUUCGCGUCGACAAUGUCUACUUAUUAACGUAGUUAAAUCGUACAUGUUUCAACAAUAUAUUAUGAGAAUGCCGCGUUCAAUGUACGUAUACAAUAUUAGAUAAACAAAUUAAUAACUUUAUUGUAAUAUACUCGGUUAUCGUAAAGGUUCUAUCCGCUGCAAAAAUGUAAAUGGUUAUUACAGCUGUGACCAAAUUAUAGAUUUGUCGUCAUCGCUUACAUUCGCUACUAGGUGCAUAGAUAAAAUGUUAACGUAUGUACAUAGUGGAUAUUAACCGCGACUAACGUCCGAAAUUAAAACUAAUUGAAAUUAUUCGAUAUAUUUAAUUAAUUGAAUCAAUUUAAUUUACAUUUUUAAUUAAUAAUAAUUGAAUAUGCCCGUCGUUUGACAUGGGUCGUGUUCCGUAGAAUGUGGAGUCUAUCGACUGAGCCUUGUUAUCAUUAAUUUUUUCUAGUGCAAUAAAUAUUGCGUAUCCCAUUUUUUGGAUAAAUUUAUCGAUUAAUUGCCUUUAUCUUUAAAUACCAAGAUAGUACUUGUUAUAUGUAUAUAAUGCUUGAAUACGACAAACACGGGCGACCGACAGGAUCAAGGGAUAGUUUUGAACAGAUGAUAAUGUCUUUACUACGUUUAGGUUUAGUUUAGGCUGGAUAGGUACGCUGUUAUUUUUGUGUGAUUUGCGAACGUGUGGACGUGGCCCAGUAUCGAGUGUCGCUUUUGUUUGCGUUGUUCGUAACCACACCAUAAUUGAUGCCUUCACUUAGAUAAUGUAAGUUGCAUGUAGUAUGCGUGCCGUUCUCGGGGCGUUUAUAAUCAUACCAGUUUCGUUGUUUUGUAGAGUAUUUUUUAUCUACGAAGAGCGCCCCGGAAUGUUAGUGUUAGGAGUUACGUAGUUUGUUUCGGCUCGGCGCGCCGCUGUCGUCAGCGUGGCGGUUGGAAGCGCCAGUCGCGAUAAUGUUAAAACAACUCAUUCAAAUCAUUCCUAUCAUAAACAAUUUAUGAACAAUAAAUAAUGUUGUUAUAAUUUGUUUACACAUAUUUUGGAAUAAAACAAAUUCUAUUAACUUAAAAUUGCAGAUGUUCAUUGUUUAAUAUUAGCAUUGUAUUUAUUCAUGUAUAAUACUGUUUCCCUGAAUUUUAUUAUUGUAAGAUUAUAUUACAAUUAUGAAUAAAUAGACGGAGUUUCA